AUGUCUUUCUCCCCGGCAGAGAAAUUGGCAGAUGCCACCAUCGAAAUGACUGAAAUGACCAGACAAAGCACUCCAUCUUUAGGGGAAGCUGGGCCCCCAACACCUUCAACAAGCUCUACCGAAAAUGGCGAUAAGGCGCUGGAGGCUUUGGGCUAUACACCAGUAUUCAAGCGGGAGUUCUCACAAUGGUCGAGCUUCAGCUUUGCUAUGAGCAUAUCUGGAAUAUACGGCACAUUAAUGUCAACAUGGAUAUAUGGCCUACAAGCCGGCGGCGCGGCUGCUAUCAUGUGGAGUUGGAUCAUUGGCGGCGCUGGCGCAUGGGCACUUGCAUACAGUAUCGCUGAGAUCGCAUCUGCCUACCCCAGUUCCGGCGCCAUGUACUUCACCUUGAAGUUUCUUGCUCCCGAAGAACAAGUUCCCUUCUUAUGUUGGAUUGCCGGUUAUCUCAAUCUUGUGGGUACCGUUGCUGGUAGUGCCUCUACCGAGUACGCCGCGAGUCAAAUGCUUCUUGCAGCUGUUUCGAUCACGUCCAACUUCAGCUACGUGCCAACACCAAGCCAUGUCGUUGGUGUCAUGGUAGGGCUUACGAUUAUUCAUGCCAUGAUCAACACUCUACCGACAGCGUGGUUGAACCGGUUGACAAGCGGCUAUGUUGUCUUCCACAUGAGUGUCCUACUCGGUGCUUGUGUGACCUUGUUGGUCCAGAAUCGGGACGAUCUCAAGGGCCUCAGAUACACCUUUACUGAUUUCGAGCCUUCAUCGGGAUGGAGCCCUCCUGGCUUUGCCUUUCUGUUUGGGUGCCUUACGCCAGCCUGGAUCAUGACUAGUUGUGAUGGUACAGCUCGCAUUGCUGAAGAAGCAAAGAACCCUCAAAUGGUUGUACCUAGGGCCAUUGCCAAUGCGACAACGUUCACUUAUGUCAUUGGAUUUCUUUUCAACUGGGUCUUGGUUGCCUGCAUGGACAACCCCAAGGACCUGGUAAAUAGCCCUAGUGGCCAACCAGUUGCACAACUCUUUUUCAACGUCAUGGGCCGUGUUCCCGCAGUCUUCUUCACACUCUGCGGCUUCGGAGUCAUGAACCUGGUUGCGAUUCCCGGCAUACAGGCCGGCAGUCGGACCAUUUUUGCCCUCUCCCGCGACAAUCUUCUUCCGUUUUCCCAUAUCUGGGCCCGCAUCUCAAAACGCUCACAGACUCCUCUCAUUGCCGUCUGGAUGUAUGCUGUUCUCGAAAUCAUUAUCAAUCUGCUCGGCUUGGCAAGCGGUACUGCCAUUGGCGCCGUCUUCAAUGUCUGUACGGUAGCAUUGAACGUGUCCUAUGUCAUACCCAUUAUUUGCAAGAUGGUCUAUGGGCGCAUGCAGAAGGGGCCCUGGCAUAUGGGCAAAUACAGCAUCUGGGUCAAUGCAGUAGCGGUUGCCUGGAACACAUUCAUGGCCGUGAUUUUCUUCUUCCCGACGCAGGUACCUGUUACACCUGAGAAUAUGAACUACGCCAUUGUUGUUUUCUUCUUCGUUCUUUUCUUCUCCCUCGGUUUCUGGUACACCCACGGACGCCACUACUAUACCGGCCCCCUGACGCACACCCCACGCGCUACCGAUAUGUCGGUCGUCACGCCCAACGACGUGUGA